AUGCCACCUCUUUUUGGUGAUAGUCUUUGGCACUCUAAACGUGAGGUCCUAGAAAACAGUAUUGCCUACCUGAAGAUUCAGCACAUUAUUGGGGAAGAGAUGGCUCAGAAGAUCUGGCCAGUUCUGCUGAAGUAUGUCUGGGACAAGGUUCUCCCCAGCUCUGCUAUGAUUAUGGAUUUGUGCUUCACCAUCAAUGGGGAAUUGUCUAGCAUUCCUUACACUGUCUCCAAUUACACUGAUGCCAAGCCUCUAAUCCAUAUUGAGUUUUUGUAUGAUAGACUCUCAAACAGUUCCACUGAGUCUUUGCCCAGCUUGCUGGGAAAGAGCUAUGAAACCUCAAAGCCAUUGAUAAUUUUGACAAGCAAAAACACUACUGGUGUGGCAGAAGAUGUUUCUUACUGCCUUAAAAGCCUCAAAAGUUUGAAAGAGUAUAGCUGGAGGCUUAGGGAAAGAUGAAAGUUAGUGUCUCUGUACUUUUCACUAGGUCCACCAGUCAAAUGCUGGAAAGUCACAAGAGUGGCGCCAGAUGUUAAAGUCAAUGCAGAAGAUGAAAUUGAUGCUCCAGUUGCUGAAACCCCUGUAAUUCUCAUAGCAGCAGCCUCUCUGGUUGUGGAAAACUAUGCUCUGGAGAGUAUUAGUGCAGAUGUAGCAGAGACAUUAGAGGCCCUACUGCCCAGUGGUGAGUACAGCAUGAUUUCCUCAAAGGGAGAAUUGGAACCAAAACUCUCAUCUGAUCUCUUAAAGUCAGUGGACAAAUGCCUGAAAAUCACACAUAACAUACCUCUCCAAUGGUGAGAAUUUGGCACUUGUUCUUACUUUUUAAAAAUACGAACUAGUGCUACUAAUUUAUUUCAAACUGAAAUGUUUUAGAACAACAUCAGUUACCUUCCCUUUGAUAUAUAUAAGGGUUAUGACCAAAUUGCUAGUGUUUCUCAGACUAUAAUGGAGCAUGUGUGGAAUAAAGCGAUGGAUACAAAUGCAUUGAUCAGUGACUUCAGUGAUCUUUUCCUGGCCAUUCUGAUCACCCGCUCAGACACUGCUCAGGGUCCUGUUCUGGAAAGGGCUGGGAUUGCCCCUCAUAUUGCAGUGCCUGCCAAUAUAGCCCUGGACACAGCUAUGGGUAUAUUCAAUAAGCACUUUUCAGGACUGAAACAAAUUUCUAAACUGUGCAUGGUGCAUGGUUUCACCCAGGCCAUGUGGUCUAGGACACAAGACAAAAAGAACACAAUGGGGGAACACAGUGGUUCCAAUGAAGUUGACUGGGCCUAG